AUCCGGGUCUUGUUUUGAUCAGAGAACCUUGAAUCCCAGGUGACUGAUAGAAGUUGUCAAUGCAUCCAAAUCCCAGUUCUGCUAAUACAAUAUACUUCCCAUUUAGGUUUGGGAAUUUCUGAGAUGGUAUAGUUGCUGAAGUUGACAAGGUCAUACCAUGUUUGGAAAAGGGUGGAUGCCAUCCCUCUCACUGUGGACUGAGAGGGGUUAUGUCAGAUAGUAUCAUGGAGCGGAAAAGAGUAAGUGAUGAAUUUGAACCAGGACCACUUCCGCCUGCACGGCCUCUUGACAGAUUCGGAUUUGUAAAGCAAGACCAGAGUAACUCACCAGAAGGAUUAACGAAACCGAGAUCUACCAAUGAACAGGAGAGAGAAGAAAGGAGGGUUAGAAAGUGGAGAAAGAUGAUUGGGGUUGGUGGAAGCGAUUGGAAGUAUUAUGUUAGAAGGAAACCUCAUGUUGUUAAAAGGCGUAUAAGAAAGGGGAUUCCUGAUUGUUUAAGGGGUCUGGUGUGGCAGUUGAUUUCGGGAAGUCGAGACCUCUUGCUAAUGAACCCAGGGGUUUAUGAGCAACUAGUGAUCUACGAGACAUCGGCGUCAGAACUGGACAUAAUUCGGGAUAUCUCUCGCACUUUCCCAUCCCAUGUUUUCUUUCAGCAAAGACAUGGACCCGGUCAAAGGUCCCUAUACAAUGUUUUGAAGGCAUACUCUGUGUAUGAUAGAGAUGUUGGAUAUGUUCAGGGAAUGGGGUUUUUAGCAGGUCUGUUGCUUCUCUAUAUGAGUGAAGAAGAUGCAUUUUGGUUAUUGGUCGCUUUGUUGAAAGGAGCUGUUCAAGCACCAAUGGAAGGAUUGUAUCAGGUCGGAUUGCCACUUGUGCAACAAUACCUCUCUAUGUUUGAGCAAUUGGUGAAAGAGCAUUUACCAAAGGUGGGAGAGCAUUUUACCCAAGAAAUGAUUAAUCCAAGCAUGUAUGCAAGUCAGUGGUUUAUAACUGUUUUCUCAUACUCUUUCCCUUUCCCCUUGGCUCUUCGAAUCUGGGACGUCUUUCUUUAUGAGGGUGUCAAGAUUGUUUUCCAAGUUGGACUGGCCUUGUUGACAUACUGCCACGAUGAUUUGGUAAAGUUACCUUUUGAGAAGCUUGUACAUGCUUUACGUAACUUCCCCGAGGAUGCAAUGAAUCCUGAUACACUUUUACCAAUGGCCUACUCGAUCAAGGUAUCGAAGCGUUUGGAAGAACUGAAACAGGAAUAUGAAAAGAGGAAUGAGGAAUCAAGGCAGUCGGUGGAGUCUAAUGGGAAGCAGCUCUUUAAGCAGAAACAGUCGCGUUGAAUGUGUGUUUUCUAGGAAAAUCAGAAGCUACAAUCCAGUGCAAAUUCUCAUAUGGAGACCAAGUGGGCCCACCUAUCGGCACAGUGGGCCAUUAGAUAGGAGGGGUUUGCCAUGCAUUCUGCACGGCCCUAGUAUCACCCUGAUUAGGAUGAUGACAGGCCAUUCAAGUGAGCCUGAAAAAUGGACAGUAAGAUCAUCUUUUGCACUGUCCAAUUCACAUGCCCUCAAUCAUGCGGCUGUGAUUAUGUAAUCAUGGUUAUUUUUUGUAAUACAUGGUGGGUUCCUUCAAUCCAACAGUAUUUGUUGAUCAUAGGCAUGCUCACUUGGGCCCCACAUAGGAAUUUGCACCUGGACCCUACUGGAAUGCAAUUACUAGAUCAUGACCCCUAGAACUGUACUGAUUUUAUUUUUAUUUUUUAA